AUGGCCACGGUUACUACAUCUACUACAGGAAAGAAAAAGAUCGUUUACAAGCAAGAUACAGAUGGAGUUUUUAGGUUGAAAAAGAUUCCAACGGAUAUUGGGGUGCAUGGAAAGUAUCGUGAAAGCAAAAAUGCUGCUGAAGAUCACUUGAAUGAAUUAAUUGGCUGUACGUAUCAAGUGCUGAAUUCGUCUACUGAGGAAUCAAAUGAGGUACUACCCACGUCGGAUCCUAUCCUGGUAUGCCCAAAGGACACCAAAUAUGUUCCUACAGAGCACCAGGUUAAGCCAAACAGAAGAGCAGCCAAAAUAAAAAGUACAAACUCUUCCACUCCAUCUAUUAGACUCAAAGUUCCCAAUGUCAAAGUCAGCACUGAAGCAUUUGAAAAAAUGACCGGAAUACAUGUUCCAAGUUUUGCUGCAGGUUGCAUGAUCACUUUGGUGUUUGUUAGUUCCUCACCAUUGAUCACACAUUAUACAUCCAUAAUGUUUAACGUCGUCAAACUAGGCUUAUUUUGGAUCCUUUUAGUUGGAGGUAUAACUUGGUACUCUGGAAUUGUCAAGCUCCAGGAUUCUGAAGCAAUGUCUACUUUCAUGAACAGUAUCAAAGACACCUUUUUCGAAACUGAGAUUCAAGAGGAGGUAGACGACGAAAGCGAAAGAGGUGAUGAUUUGAACACACACGGCCACUCUGAUAAUUACACCAGUAAAAAUUCUAGUGAAAUUGUCAUUCCUAGUGCCGUACCAAGAAGAAGAUCUGCAUCGCCAGUAAAAGGUGCAAGGGCACCGCUAACUUCCGUUACACCAUUCAAGUCUGCACCUCCUAAACAGGAUUCUAGGUUCCAAAGUAAUCCAGAAUUAGUAACUGGAGAAAAUUCUUCUCCUCCAAAGCUUAACAGGUUCCACACCUCUGAUCCUAAAGGUUACCAAAACCAACCUAAGAAGAACUCAAUACUUUCAUUAGGCAAGAUGAGAAGACUCUCCAAUAAUUCUCUAGAAUUGACUAAGACUAAAACAAACCAAUCAAUUCCUAGUGUGGAACUGAUUGAUUCUUCAAGUUCACGUCAUUCUCCAAUAAAGCAGUAUUACUCCUAUCAUGAUGAUCCAGAAGAAUUGCCAUUCAUUAACGAAGUAAAGUUGAUCAGCAGUGAGGACAGUUUCGGGGAAUUGCCUGAUUCGUUGCCUUCCUUUAACUCCAAUAGCAAUGUUCAUAGACUGAGCAGUGUUAUGAGCAAGCAAUCCGUCCUAGGAACAAGAGCCAACUACAAUAAGUUCUUAGCAAAUGUUCAGAGUAAUGAUGCUGAUUAA